UUGAUAUCAGGCCCGUUCGGACUGGGCAGCGUGGCCGGUCGAACGUCGCGGGGAUAACAAACGUGGGCAUAAAACUAGGCCACAACCUCCUCGGAGCCUAACGUCCCAUCUUGUGCGGUUCUCCGAAAUCAGAAGACAUUGCGAGCGAUUAUCACCGGGUUUUACCGCACACGAUGAAGACGUUUCCCUCACUAUCAAAUCUGGCCCAGCGCGUUCGUCCCCACGUCCGUGCUAAGGUGCCGUUCAAGGUUGGCAUCUACGGCACUGAUCCCAGAUGGAGCAAUGAAGACCUGGACCCUGUCCCGGUCAAGGCUCAGACUUGGGGGGGCAUAGACUACUGGGCCUAUUGGACCAGUGACAUGCUGGCACCCCCUCUUGCGGCUACCGUCAGCACUGUUAUGUCGCUGGGCUUUACGGCUCGGGAGACGAUUCCGAUCGUGUUUUUCGGCUUCAUGAUCUGCAGCAUCGUUGUUACAUUGACCGGAAAGAUGGGCGCUCAAUACCACGUUGCGUAUCCCGUGAUCAUCCGUGCGUCAUUCGGCAUGUACGGGUCGUAUCCGGCCAUCAUCAUCCGUGCAUUCGUGGCGAUGAUGUGGACCGCAAUCCUGUGCGUGCAAGCCGGAGGCUUCCUACAGAACUGCAUCGAGGCGAUCUGGCCAGGCUUCAAGACGUUUCCGAACCACCUGCCAGCCGAUGCCGGUAUCGACUCGGCGGGCUUGCUGUGCUUCUUCCUGUACUGGAUCUUGCAGACGCUGCUAUCCAUCAUGCCGAUCCAUAAACUCCGGCUGCUGUUCCUUGCCAAAGCCAUCAUCGUGCCUCCUACCUUCAUGGCACUCUUCCUCUGGGCGGUUAUCGUCACCAAGGGCGGCGGCGAGCUAGUAACCGGCAAGAUGGCCCUCACGACGCCGAUGGGGCCGGCGUACUCUGCGCUCACCGGACUCAACGUGAUAAUCGGGCUAUUCUCCAGCAUGGCAGUGAACAUGCCCGACUUCGGCCGGUUCUCACGGAACCAUCUCCGCGGUCCGCACCAAUACUUUGCGCUGCCCAUCAUCGGCACCCUCGGCGCACUGACGCCGAUCUUUGUCACGUCCGCUCACUCGCACAUCUGGGGCGAGUUCGAAUGGUACAUGCCCGCGGUCAUUGCGAAGUUUGAUUCCCGCGCCGCGAAGUUCUUUGUCGGUGCGUCGUUCAUCUUGGCUACAAUUGGCAAUCAGAUCGCUGCUGGGUCGUUUCCGUUUUCGAAUGAUAUCUCCGGUCUAGCCCCGCAAUACAUCAACAUCUUCCGAGGCACUCUGCUCAUCAGCAUCUUCUGCGUGAUCUCCACGCCAUGGAACAUAAUCCGAGCCGCGUCGGGGCUGUUAUCGUUCCUAUCAGGCUACAGCUGCCUUAUGGGCCCCUUGGCCGGAAUAAUCGUGACCGACUACUACAUCCUGCGCGGGGGGAAGCUCGACAUCCACGAGCUGUACAACGGCACGCCGGCGGGUAAGUACUGGUACACUGGCGGGUUCAACCUACGCGCGUUUGUCGCGUUCGUGGUUGGUUUUGCGCCGACUAUGCCGGGGUUUGCGCGCGCGAUUGCGGGAGCGGGGAAGGUAAAUGUCGGUGCAGCGUGGAAGGUUUAUACCUUCGCUUGGUUGUUUGGGUUCAUGGCGGCGUCGGGGGCGUAUUGGGGGAUUUGUACUUAUAUUAGCUCACUGGGUGGGAGCCUGUGUGAGGAGGCCGUGUUGCCGCCGCAUGUGGAGGAUGUGCUGGUCGGUGUGGAUGAUGAUGGGAGUGCGGCGCAGGUGGAUGUGGAGAAGGCGGUUAGGGUUGUGGAGAAGGAGGAGGGCUGAGGCGUGGUUGUGGCCGUGCGUGGCUGUGAUGAGUGACGAUUCUCCUUGUUCUGUGAUGGGCUUAUUUGUGCAUCUGGUAGUUCGCGAUUGAUCUCUUUGGAAGGCGGG